AUGAGUGAAGAAGGUCCCAAGCUUUACGCCAACAAACCCAAGAAGAAGGCCAUUAUUGCUCAGCUGAAGCACGUCGAGGCCAAUUUCAAUAACUCCACCGUUCCUCCACCAUCAGCUUCGUCUCCGGCAGCAGCAGCGGCGGCUUCGUAUACGAUGGGUGGUGGUUCUGCUCCUCCUCCUCCGCCUCCGAAGGAAUCAUUCGCCCGGAGAUAUAAAUUUGUCUGGCCGCUUCUUCUCACCGUCAAUCUCGCCGUCGGAGGUUACCUUUUCUUUAGAACUAAGAAAAAGGACAUAGAACCUGCAAAUGAAGAGAUGGCUGCUAAAUCUGGUUCACUCGCUGCUCCUGUUACCGUGGAAAAGUCCGUGUCUUCCACAGUGGUUGCAGAGCCGAUGGUGAUCAAGGCACGUGAGCCAAUACCGGAGAAGCAACAACGCGAGCUCUUCAAAUGGAUGUUGGAGGAGAAAAGGAAAGUCAAACCGAGAAAUGCAGAAGAGAAGAGGCGUAUUGACGAAGAAAAGGCGAUUCUGAAACAAUUCAUAGGAGCCAAAACCAUUCCUACUCUAUGA